AUGACAGAAUAUUCCGUGUUCUCAUUUCCCGACAUCUGCAAGGAUGUAUAUUCUGUUGAAAAUUACUGCCAGAUUGGUUUAUUUCAUAAGGAGAAGCAUGCUAGGCAACGUUUAGUGGUGAGAUCAAAGUGCCGUUUCACAAAGCAACACACUGUGUCGUGCGGCAUCUGCACGAUGUUCCCAUCGUGCAUGUCUUUGCUCCCGAAGCGGAAUGAGCCGCGACCCCCCAGACCUGGACAAGCACCGGUCGUCCUCAAUGUAUACGACAUGUAUUGGACCAAUUGGUACACGGCCGGCGCCGGAGUCGGCGUGUUCCACAGUGGCGUUCAAGUACACGGCUCCGAAUGGGCGUACGGAGGUCACCCGUACGCGUUCACGGGCGUCUUCGAGAUAACGCCGAGAGACGAGCGCGAACUUGGCGAACAGUUCCGCUUUAGACAAAGUGUACAUAUAGGAUAUACGGACUUUAGCGAAGAGGAGGUGAGGCGACUCGUCACAGAACUUGGGAAGCAGUUCCGUGGGGAUAGAUAUCACCUAAUGAACAAUAAUUGUAACCACUUCACAUCCGCUUUUUGUCUUGCGUUGUGUGAUCGCGACAUUCCCGCGUGGGUCAAUCGGCUGGCGUACGUCAGCUCAUGUGUCCCAUUCCUCCAAAGAUGUUUACCAAAGGAAUGGUUGACGCCGGCCGCCUUGCAGCAGUCGCUUGCAGUGCACUCCCGGUCCUCGUCGCCCUCCACGCCUCAAUAG